CGCCGCCGCCUGUGGUUGCCGACUGCCGAGCGUGUCGUGCCGCCUCCCGGUGCGUGACUUCGACGACCGCCUUCCCCCUCGACUGCAUUCGAUUCGAAAACGACUGUGAUCCGAUUUAUUGUGCUAGUGAUGGACAAUUUUCCGUAGCGGUCAACCGUGUCUGCUGCUGUUAUCUGAUCAGUUUCGCCCGUGUGUCUUCUCUUCACUAGUUGGGAUUUUGUGCAUGUGAUGUGAUGUGCUGUUAACAGCUUUUCCUGGUAGCUUCAUUGUUCAUUUGCAAUCAUGAUUGAAGGAUUUCAGAUUACAGUUAGAAAUGAUAUCUGUUAUGUUCAGUCACAGAUGAGAUAUACCGUAUCUGGAUCCAAUGCUGAGUUUUUCUUCUUCAAUUGCUAAGAAAGAGGUUUUACAUGUUUGAAUGAAAAAGAGAGGCCUUAGAAAUGGAAAAGUGCAUUUAAACACCGAUUUGUUUGUGGGACAAUGAACAUUCUAUUGACGAAUCUGGCAAUUUUCAUGGUAAAUUUUUGGAGAAGUGAAUACUCAUUGUAUAGGCUAUUUUUGGAAUUGAAUUCAAAGUUUUAGAAGUGAUUUGUAACUCAUGAAACGUAAAGUGAAGUAUUUCAUGAUGUCAUUCACAACGAAAUUUUGAAACUAAAUGGACAUGAAUUUUUAUAUUUGAGUCGCUCCGAACACAAUAAUAGUGAUUCAAGUUUACAAAGUUUGAAAUUUGUGAAGUAUGACUUCGCAGAAUUUGUUGGAGAGCAACUAUCAUGGAAGGAGAAGCACGAUAAAUAUCAUGUAUUCAAAAGUAUGAAUGAUUUUAUCUUACAUUUCGAGUGAGCAUUUUCAAUGGAGCCACAUCAAUAAAAUUGUAUCGUAUUGAAGUGGAAGCUACAGUAUUAUGUGUAGAGUGUUGUAUUAAAAGAUUCAAUGGUUCCACAUUGAUACAACUAUAUUCCAUUGGAGAGGAACUUACAUUAUGAUGUCUGGAAUGUACAAUAUGAUUCUAUGGCCUUCAUUUGAAUAGAAAAAUAUAUAAUUGAAGGGAUGGAGUAAAUAUAAAUAAUAGCAAGGAUGUAUUGCGGUGGAGAGACAUUAGCCAAUGGUGGUGUGAUCCAGCAUAGACGCAGUUCCAGCCUGUGCUCCACCCCUUCUGGAUCCAGGUCAUCCUACAGCAGCUCCACCAAUAACAAUAGUUCAUCCUCAUCGACAACUGUCACGUCAACCAAUAAUAACAAUAACAAUCCAGCACUAGUUCCAGUUCCAUGUAACCUUCACCGGUUCCCUUCAACCUCGGCCACUUAUCGCAGACCGAACAGUUCUCUUCUACGUUACUCCUAUCUGAAUAACACUAACAACAACUUGACGAGUACUUCCCCUGCCAGUAACUGUUCCCCGAGAAGAACAAGCAGUGUGAACAACAAUAACAGCCCCAAUGAAGCCACCACUAGCAGCAGUAGUACUCUGAGUAACGGCGCCACGAGUAACAAUAACCGAUUGAAGCAGAAUCGAAAGUGUCAAUCGUUUCGAACAAAUGGAUUACCGUCGUACCACAGUGGCCGGAGCAGUGUGUUGGGCACCAGUGAUUGUGUGCGCAGUCCCCCGCGGUCCGGUUCCUCCCGAAGUUCUCCGGCUCCGAAUUCGGUGUGGUCGCCGACUCUCGGAUACUUUGUGCCAGUUCCUCUGCCUUUCUACUGCUACAAAUCGAAAUCCACUUACAGGGAUAAUGAUAACUCACCGAAUGUCAGUACUCUGGUGCCAUCUUCGUCAAAUGCAGCCACUGCACCGUCGUUGCCAAUUUGCAAUGGAGGAAUCGAAAUGCUUGAGGAACCCGUUGAGGAGCAGGGUGGCGAACGGAUUGUGUGGGAGUUCCACCAGGUGACGCUGACGCGGGUGCCGGGUUAUGGCUUCGGCAUCGCGGUCAGCGGAGGUCGCGACAAUCCACACUUCACCAACGGCGAUCCGUCCAUCGCCAUUUCCGAUGUGCUCAAGGCGGGGCCGGCCGAGGGAAAACUACUGGUGAACGACCGCAUAAUGAGUGCGAACGGGCAGUCGCUGGAGAAUGUGGAGUACGCGACGGCGGUUCAAGUGUUGCGCGACUCUGGCAACACUGUCGCGUUGGUCGUGCGACGCAGGGUCGUGCUCCCCCUCACCCCCGAGCCGCAGACGCUGCGCUUCCAACUCGCCAAGAGUCGCAAGAAAGAUGAUUUCGGUCUAGUUCUAGGAUGUAAGAUAUUUGUGCGCGAAGUGGUAAAACCUCAGGAUGGGAACGGAGUGCAGGAAGGUGACAUAUUGCUCAAAAUCAACAACCACUCGACAGACGGCAUGAGCCUCAAGGAAGCCAGGAAACUCAUUGAGAGCAGCAAGGAGAAGCUGAACAUUGUAGUGAGGCGGGAGGCGGCCAGAUCUUUGUCACAGUCAGCAGAAUCAACAGCUUUACCAACUAAAGACGGGAAUUACCUGGACAGCCUGAACGGCACCAACUACUCGUCGCAGAACCUGUACGUGCAGCCGCCGACGCGACACCAGCAGCUGCUGGACGACAAGAGCAACCUGGUGCCGCGCGGCCGUUCGCGCAACCCACUCAUGGACGCGCAACUGUCGCUCAGCCAGCUGGAUCGGCCAGUGUCGCCACACUCACACAGCCACUCACACAGUCGCAGUCGCAGCGGACUCACUGACGAGCCGCCCGACCCGCCGCGACCGCCGCCGCCCAGACCUGAAGCCUAUGGACUGAAAAAUUACUAUUCAACGGGAACCAGACAACAAAUGUUGUACGAUGAUGAUCCCUUAUUGAUGCAGAGGUCUAAACAACCGAUGCCAGACCCGCGUUUCAUCACAUUCCAAAAAGAGGGCUCUGUGGGCAUCAGGUUGACGGGAGGCAAUGAGGUCGGCAUAUUCGUGACUGCUGUGCAGCCUGGAAGUCCCGCCUCCUUACAAGGGUUGCAGCCUGGCGACAAAAUUCUAAAGGUGAAUGAUAUGGACAUGAAGUCGGUGACGAGGGAAGAAGCGGUUUUAUUCCUACUAAGUUUACAAGAACAAAUUCACCUGAUAGUGCAGCACAGGAGAGACGAAUAUGAACAAAUUGUUGCCUCACAAAGGGGUGACUCUUUCCAUAUAAAAGCCCAUUUCAACUAUGACCAACCAAAUAAAGGGGAAAUGAGCUUUAGGAAGGGCGACGUAUUCCAUGUGAUCGAUACAUUACAUAAUGGAGUUGUCGGGUCUUGGCAAGUUUUAAGGAUAGGGAGGAAUAACCAAGAAGUGCAAAAAGGCAUCAUACCAAAUAAAGCGAGAGCGGAGGAGCUGGCGACGGCUCAGUUCAAUGCUACCAAAAAAGAGCUGACUGCCUCCGAGAGCAGGGGCAGCUUCUUCAGGAGGAGGCGAAAUAGUCAUCGGAGAUCCAAGUCGUUAAGCAAGGAUCAUUGGGAUGACGUGGUGUUUGGCGAUAGUAUUAGUAAAUUUCCUGCCUAUGAGAGAGUAGUACUGAGGCAUCCUGGAUUCAUCCGACCUGUCGUUCUGUUUGGACCAGUGUCAGACAUCGCCAGAGAUAAAUUGCUCAAAGACUUCCCUGAUAAAUUUUCAUCUCCUCAAUUGGAAAACAAUAUGGAGGACAUGGCAAAGAGUCAGAAGUCAAGUGGAAUCAUAAGACUGUCAGCGAUAAGGGAUAUUAUGGAGCGGGGCAAACAUGCGCUGUUGGACAUCACGCCGAACGCCGUCGAUCGACUCAACUACGCGCAGUUCUAUCCAGUUGUCAUAUUCCUCAGGGCCGAGACCAAACACGUCGUCAAGGAGCUGCGGUCUGGCCUAACCAAUACAAGCUCAAGGAUUGAUUUGCAUCAGAUUUUAUCAAACUGGGGUCAACACAAAAGCAGCAAGAAGCUAUUCGAACAGUGCCAGAAGCUGGAGAAAGUUUGGGGUCACGUAUUCUCAUGCUCGGUGACCCUGAAUGGUGGCUCGUCAGAUUCCUGGUACCGAAAAGUCAGGGAGCUCAUUGACAAAAACCAAACUUCACCCGUCUGGAUGAGCGAAAGCAAGCCCGAUGAAGCCCUGUCAGACGACUUCCUGUUCCCCAUGACCUCUCUGCGCCUGUCUUACGCCUCCUCGCCCGAGUCCGACCUGGAGCAGGGGGCCUCCUCGCUGCCCCCCGGUCCCGGCCCCCGCCUCCUCAAGUGCUCCUCCGACCCGAGCAUCGCCACCCAGGAGGACUCCACGCCUUGUGUUCCUCCGCCAUACACGCCGCCAUCGCAGUACAGUCAUUCGAAUACAUACGAACACACCCACAAGCCACGCCGAAGUGGUGGCGACAAGUAUGGGUUUUCGCCAACCAAUAGUCCAAUGGUGUCGACGCCACCGGAGCUUCCUCCCCGCAUCGACCGCGCCAACAAGCCGCCACGUGCCAACCUGCCUCGCUCCGCGCAGGAACGACUCUUCGGCGGCAGCAGCUCCAAAGAGAACAUCGACCCGCCCAACUACAUAAACGCCACACCCCAUCACAGGCCUGUCAACUCGUCUCUCGAACGCGAACGCCAAAACUCCAAUAAAGCUAGCAGUUACGACAGCGUGUCGUCGUUUGACAGCUACAACCAGCCGAGAUCGUCGGGCCUGGGGCCGAAUGCACACGAUGACCUCAAGUCAUGCAACGGUACUGUGGCGCAGAGGUCGACCGUGGCAGUCGGCGUGGGCAGUGCUCACGAUCCCUACAGGUUCACACGGUCGACGCAGCAGCCAAUCAAAAACAGCACCGUCAGCUCCACCUCUCUCUUGAGCGAACACUCUGGCAAACCAUCCAAGCCACCUGAUUAUCCCAAGUACAGGCCUCCCGGCGUAGUACCCGAUUACAAUAGUAGUGGCAGUACUGGUACAAUUAGCAGUAGUAUCAACAAGCCUCUCCCGCCUCCGAAAACUGGCAACGCCGCACUGGGGCCAAUGACGAAUGGGGGCGGUCAACCGAUGCAGUACAAGCCAGUGCCGCCCCCCAAGCCCAAAAACUACAAGCCGCCCCAGCAACAACAACAGCAACAGCAACAACAACAACAGUGGUCUGGCAACGGUACCAUCACUAACAACAACAACAACACUAACAACGGCAACAGUACAAGCAGUUACCAACAGAACACUGCCAACGGAAAUCUAUACCACCAUGCAAAAUCUUACAGCAUGGUCGACAACAAUAACUACUCGACCACUCAUCUACAUAAUGGGGUGGUACUCUCGUCGUCCAAAUACAGCGGCGGUGGCGGCGGCGACGACCUGAACGGCGGGGGAGGCUUCGACUCGGGCCACGGCAGCAGUCUGGAACGCACCUACGGGCGCACUACGGCCGCCAACGGCAACGGCAACCAGUACUACUACAACGUGGCGCCGGCGCCGCGACACCACCACCACCGCGAGCCGAGUGGCGUCGGCCUCGACUUGACGCAUCGCGCCGACCAGCGGGGCAGCGCCUUCGAGCUCUACAAGAAGCCGACCGAUCCGCGCAACAUGCAGCACUACCUCGACCAUGGACUCAGUUUAUGAAGCAGUUAAACGGAUUAGGUCUUUUGAUUUCUCAUUCAUUUCUGCCAUGAAGUCUGAUGUGACGCGCUUCAUCAAUCGUUAUUAUUUCAAAGACCCCAAGUCAACCUUUUCACCAUGUUUUUUCAGAAUGCUAUUGUGUUCAAUCUAUCCUUAUAUUUCCUCAUUGUCAACAGUUUGUUGAAAAAAGAAUUUUCACAUUUUUUAUUUUUGUUUCGACGUUUAAGCAUUCUUUUUUAUUUCUGUGAUUCUAUUUAAGUGACUAUUUAAUUAUUUUUAUUCUCGUUGUGUUGAACGACGUCCAAUGUUUUAUUUCUAUGCGAUUUUUUCAUUAUUGCAUUCAUUGUACCGUGUUAUUAAAUCUGAAUCAUUAUUUGAUUCUCAUUCUAUAUUUCAUGACUCAUAUCGUUUUUAAAGCAGCACAAUAAAUUAUUAUAGUAUUGUGAAAUCUUAUCAUUCGAAUAAUAAGCUGCAGUUUUAUAUUAUUUGACAUAGUCGCCAUAAUUAUAUAUAUAUAUUUUUUUUUAGAAUUCUGAUGGUUAUAUUCACCAUUAUUAUUAGUUCAGCUAAGCUAUCUAAUGUAAAUAAUAAUGCCGAUGUAUGUAUUGUGAAAAAUUGUUGAUAUUGUAAUCACAUGUGAAAUUAACAAUAAAUAAUUGAAUUUGUAUUUAAUGAUCAAUAUGAACCAAUGAGUAGAAUUAUGUUUAUAUUCCAUGUAUCAUAUAAAAUAAAAAAUGCUGUGUAAAAUUAUGUGAAACAUGUUGUUGUAUCAUGUUGCUAGUAUUAUUAAUUUUUUGAAACUAGAUACCAUCAUUAUUGUUCGUUUAUUGAUACAGAAUACUGAAUGAAUGUUCUCUGAUUUCUCUGUGAAUAUUUGAUUAUAAUAAAAUGAUUUAUUAAUGAUGGAAAA